AUGGCCUCAGGCAAAUGUGUCCUUCUACCCUGUACAAAGGAUAUCAAGCACAGCUGGUUGCUCAUGAGACUGCACACUAGUGUAGUGCUAGCAACAGCAUGGGAGAUUGAAGAAGCUGAGUGCUUUAUCAUGUUCCUUGAUGCCAUGCAUGUUAAUAACAAAGACCAACUCAAACUCAUGAAAGAUCAGUUAGACAGCUUGAGGAGUCUCUUUUCUGAGUGUGACUGCACAGAAGUUGAUGAUGACAGAGACUACCUUCAAGCAGUCUAUGAGGAUGAAUUUGAAAUCCUUAAAAUUGUCUCAUCCCAAGCUGAGCGAGUAGCAAAGGUUUUAGGAUUGCAUGUUAGCAAAGCUUUCCAAUCUGGAGUUAGAGGACCCAGAUUCCCUUCAUCCCAACCUGGGGUUAUUGAUGAUGAAGACAAUGUCAACAAGGCAUUGGAACAUGUGUGGAUCAUAUUGAACACCCUGGCUUCUGUACUGAAGCAUCAUGCGUGGCUACCACAUCCUAGGCUAUUGGCCUUCUUAUUGUGGCCAAGCACAGCCUAUCCCAACCCUGGCUAUUCAGCUUCAUCAUUCAACAACUACUUAAACUCAUUUGCAAGCGCCAGCCAAGCAAACUUGGGUGACCUGAGUUCCUCAAAUGUUGGUGGGUGUAGCAAUUCGCUGUCUGGCACCAGAUACAGCAACUUGCUGUCUGGCGUUGGAUACAGCAGCUCACUGUCUGGCACCAGAUACAGCAAUCCACCAUCUAGUGCCCACUACAUCAACUCCCUAUCUACUGCCAGCUACAGCAACUCUAACAAUCCAUCACUGAACUCAUACUUCUGA